AUGUGGCCAAAUCAAGGUCCUCCUGCAUACUCUGCUGUUCCUCCACCAGUUGUCUACCCCCAAGCAACAAAUGCUGGGUACCCUGCAGGCCAAUACCCAGCUCCCAUGAAUCCAGCCAUGGGACCAUAUGCAACUCCAGGAGGGGUGCCCUAUGGAGCUCCUGGAGCUAAUGCUUAUCUAGUAGUACCUUCUGGGGGGUUUCAGCCAGGUCCUUGCCCAUAUUGUACCAAAGGGGAUCACCAUAAAGAUCACAAAAAAUGUAAACAUGGUGGAUUACUUCCUCUUGUUGGAGGUUUAGCUGGGGGAUUGGGUCUUGGAGUGAUGUUGGGUAAACAUGAAGCUCAUAAACAUGACCACCACGAGUGUGAACACCACAUGCAUGAACACCCCAUGCAUGAACACCACGAGAUUGGACACCACGAGAAUGGACACCACGGGUUUGGACACCACGGGUUUGGACACCACAAGCAUGGACACCAUCACCACCACUACUACCACCACCACUAA